AUAUAUUUCAAAGUAAGUAUAACUCAGGCCACAGUCCAUGUAAUACGGAAGAUACAACACGAAGCACAGAAAUAAUGGAGCAGGCUGUGGACAAUCACCAAAAGGAACACAGGACGUUUUUAUAACAAUAUUCAAUUGAAACCGCCGAGGAAACCGUUUUUUGACGGAGUCAGAAAGAGCAAACGGCACCAGAGCUCUGUAAUAAGAAAGCGACUGGAUGUUACCCUAGUCACCUUUAUAAAAUUAAAGUUGUUGACUUGGCUAAGUGCAGCCAAGAAAGUGAAGAAGGGGCCGACUUAUAUCAUUUAAUAUUAGCAUGCAACGAAUAACAGAUACCAAACGAAAUAAUAUCGCAAAUUGAACUAGCUGAAAAUUCCAGUGUCGACAUCUACGACUGCCAUAUUAUAGGAAAGUAUCUGAAAGACGCAUACUUCAAUAUUCAGUCACAAUUGUUUCGAAUGGUUACACAUGUUUGUCACAUUGACAUCUAAUUUCAAUUUGUUAUGGACGGAGUACAUCAGGAUACGUAAGCUGUAAAUUUUAAAACUUGACCUGUGUGUAAACAAAGUAUUUGGUUGAUUUCACCGAAAAGAAAUUAAACUUUCUUUACGAAAAACCUUGAUGGUGACAUUCCGUGCCGUUGGCGACCUGUGUGAAUGCCGCCCUUUGAACUGUGUUGUUGAAUGUUAUGAUGUGACGUGGCAUGACAUUUCGUUUUUUCAAGUGCGAAUUGGCCUUGAAAGUGAAACUACGUAGCGCAGUGGAAACAUUCCUGUGAAUUCGAAUUCUUGGUAGGUCCAGAGCAAUAAUUGCGACCCUUUCACUCCGUCCCGUAUAUAUUUGUAGACCAGCUAAAAACGAGACCAUGUUAUAAAUAAACUACGAAGUGAAUAACAAUUUUAAGAAUCAUUAUCUCAAGCAGUAGGCGAACAGAAACCUAUCAUUAUUAAAAUAUGGAAUCCUGUUGUCAAUGGAAUGAAUAAAAUGGUAGGCAUUCAUUCGAUUUAUUUUUAUAUUCACGUAUUAUCGUUCUUGGCAUUGCUCAACAGUGAAGUAAUGUUGCCACAACAGCACCAAAUGUGCGCUCCAAGAAGCAACUAUAUGUUGACAGUAAUGAAACGUAUAUAAUGUAGAAGUCUCUACAUCUGUAGUUCUUCCCUAUGGCUUAUGUUUCAGAUACUUCUACACAUACUCGAAAAAUGAAAACUGUGGUGCAGCUCACUUAGAAAUAUUUCUUCAAUAACAGUUCAUUGUAAUACGUAUUGACAGCCGCAACGAGGCUCCUUGAACACGUUUUGGCAAGAGUUGGCUACUCUGCGAUAUACAUUUCAACAGUGUGAUGCAAUGUUAGUAGUCAUUGAAAGGCGAUAAUCUGUUGUGUGGUUUGGAAUAAGUGUCAGGUAAAUUUCUAGCUGUUUGUACAGUUUGCAACGUGGUGAUUAUCAACUUUUGUUAGACUAUUCAGAAGAAUAACACAAUGUCCGAUUGGGAAACUGUUACCGUUCUACGAAAGAGACCUCCAAAGGCCUCAGCAUUGAAAUCUGAACAGGCUGUAAAUGCUGCCCGCCGUCAAGGGGUCGCCGUGGAUACGCAAGUAAAGUGGGGUGCAGCUACUAACAAGCAACAUGGCACAACAAAAAACACUGCAAAACUAGACAGAGAGACUGAAGAACUGAAGCAUGAAAAAGUACCACUGGAUUUAGGAAAACUCAUACAGCAAGGCCGCCAGUCCAAGAAUUGGAGCCAGAAGGAUCUUGCUACAAAAGUUAAUGAGAAGCCACAAGUUAUCAAUGAUUAUGAAGCCGGCCGUGGUAUUCCCAACCAGAUAGUACUUGGAAAAAUAGAAAGAGCCAUUGGAAUAAAACUCCGAGGAAAGGACAAGGGCCAACCGUUACUGCCCCCUGGGACGAAAAAGUAGUUUCGUCCUUGGGGGCACAACUGUACUGCAUGUGUGUGUAUCGAUUGACAAGUUUGUCCUGCUGGUGGGAAUCUACUUCUAGAAUAUUCCUGACAGCUUUGUGUCUUCAGUUUUAAGAGGAAGGGAUGGGGAAAGAUUGCAAUUUCACAACGUACUUUAGUAUGUUCAGAUAGUUGGUUUCUUCCAAAUUUUGUUUUCAGCACAUGUAACGGAAAAAAAUUAAACUACUUAUUUCACUGUUUAUAAUAUAUGAUCAAGUUGUUUCUUAGAUAACAAUUUAAGGGAAUUUUUAGUUUUUUACUGCAAGUAAUCUCAUUUACAUGCAUAAUCACAAUUGCUCUGUAUUUAAGAAAACCAUAAUUUGUUGAAAUAGUCAUGAUGCCUUGUACAGGAAAGACAUGGCUGUAAGGUUGGGGGUAAUGUUUAGGAAGAUAUCCUUUAUAUUGCAGUGAUUCAAAGAUCAGUGUAUAAAUUGGUGCAUUUAAACUUAUUCAGAAGUAUGUUUUGAAAUUUGGUGAAUUAUGUCUUAUAUAGGAACAUAUCUGAUAUAUUGUAAGAUAAUUUCCUAUUAUCUAAUGUACUAAUAUGGCAUGUGGUUGUUUUAGUAUUUGUUUUUAUUAUUCAUUGUGUAUUGUUGAUGGUUUGAAUACCAAUUCCCCUUCUUCAGCACACACACACAAUGAAGAAGAAUUAAGUUUAGAGUAACAGGCUUCUUUCUGACAUGACAUUCCUGAAAAACUUCUUUAAAAAGUUACUCUCAAGUGCAAGAUAGAUCUUUCUGUAAUUCAAAUACAGCUGGUUCCCAGGAAUGUUUAUAAAGUCUGGCCUGUCACCCAUAUUUCAUGGGAGUUUGUUUAAUUUUGGAGACAUAGAUAAAUGAGUCAGCUAAAUGUUUUUUGCAGUUAAUGUUUUAUCUUGUUAGAGUUUCUCAAUUAUUUGUAUACAGAGCUUUUGUUUAAACAAAUAUUAAUGGUAGUUAAAAUAGAAACAGACUGAUGCUGUAGGGUGGAAAACGCAGUGUUGUAUCAUGCUUUUGAUGUCCAUUAUUUGAUAACUGUUUAAUUUGAAAGUUUUCUUUAAGUUUGUAUUUUUAACACAUGUUAUAAAUUGACUGGACUGCUAUUACAA